AUGUUCCUUGGUACAGAGGAGGUGGCCAAGCUGCAGAAGCACCUGACUCUGCUUCGGCAGGAGUAUGUGAAGAUGCAGCAGAAGUUGGCCGAAGAGCGGCGCUGUGCAGUGCUGUCGGCUCAGGCCUCUGCUCAGGGUUCCGCUGCUCAGGGCUCCCCAGGACAAACCUCUGCAGACAGCUUCAUCAGCCGUUUAUUGGAGAUCGUGGCAGAUCUUUACCGACAGGAGCAGUACAGUGACCUGAAGGUUAAGCUCGCAGGUGAAGAGCUCUGUGCACACAAGUUUGUGUUAGCAGCACGCAGUGAUGUCUGGAGCCUGACCAACAUGGCCUCUACAUCUGAACUGGACCUCUCUGAUUGCAAAGCCGAUGUUGCCAUUGCAAUGUUGCGUUGGGCUUAUACGGACGAAUUAGAACUUAGUGAGGAUGAUGCCUUUCUUAUUGACUUAAUGAAGCUGGCCAAUCGUUUUCAACUUCAGUUGCUUAGAGAGAGAUGUGAAAAGGGUGUAAUGUCCUCUGUAAAUGUCAGAAACUGCAUUCGGUUUUAUCAAACAGCAGAAGAACUGAAUGCCGCCACUUUAAUGAACUAUUGUGGAGAGAUUAUUGCCAGUCACUGGGAUGACCUCAGAAAGGAGGAUUUCAGUACUAUGAGCGCCCAACUGCUGUACAAAAUGAUCAAGUCUAAAACAGAGUAUCCUCUUCACAAAGCUAUUAAAGUAGAAAGGGAAGACGUGGUCUUUCUGUAUCUGAUUGAAAUGGAUUCACAGCUGCCUGCUAAGCUAAAUGAACUAGAUAACAAUGGAGAUCUGGCACUUGAUCUGGCACUUUCCCGAAAAUUAGAGAGCAUCGCCACCACUCUGGUAAACAACAAGGCCGAUGUGGACAUGGUGGAUCAGAGCGGCUGGAGCCUGCUGCACAAGGCCAUUCAGAGAGGUGAUGAAUUUGCCUCCAUAUUCCUAAUCCGACACUCGGCUCAGGUGAAUGCUGCCACUGUGGGCGCAGUAGAAACACCUUUGCACUUGGUUUGCUCUUUUAGUCCUAAAAAACACUCUGCAGAAGUCAUGGCUGGAAUGGCACAGAUAGCUGAAGCUUUACUCAAGGCCGGAGCCAAUCCUAACAUGCAGAACAGCAAGGGAAGAACGCCUUUACACGAAGCUGUGACGUCAGGAAAUGAGCCAGUUUUCAGACAGCUUCUACAGUGCAAACAGCUUGACCUGGAACUCAAAGAUCAUGAAGGCAGCACACCAUUGUGGCUGGCCUUGCAAUAUAUAACAGUUUCUACAGAUUCCUCUGUAAAUCCAUUUGAAGAUGAGGCACCGGUAGUAAAUGGCACUUCCUUUGAUGAAAAUAGCUUUGCAGCACAGCUCAUCCACAGAGGAAGCAACCCCGAUGCUCCGGACACAACCACAGAAAAUUGCCUCUUGCAGAGAGCAGCUCUGGCAUACAAUGAGGCAGCUGCCCUUUUCUUAGCUACACAUGGGGCAAAGGUGAAUCAUGUGAACAAAUGGGGUGAAAGUCCACUUCACACUGCAUGUCGCUGUGGCCUUGCCAAUUUAACUGCAGAGCUCCUCCAGCAGGGUGCAAACCCCAACCUACAGACACAGAAGGCUCUACCUGAUGACAACCAUGGUGUGGCUAUGCAGACCCCACUACACAUGGCCAUUGCACACAAUCACCCAGAUGUGGUCUCUGUCAUUCUUGAACAAAAAGCAAAUGCCCUUCAUGCAACGAACAAUUUCCAGAUUAUUCCUGACUUCAGCCUCAAAGACUCAAUAGACCAGACUGUGCUUGGCUUGGCUCUAUGGACAGGCAUGCACACAAUAGCAGCACAGCUGCUAGGCUCAGGGGCUUCUAUUAAUGACACUAUGUCCAAUGGACAAACCCUGCUUCACAUGGCAAUCCAAAGACAAGACAGUAAAAGUGCCCUCUUCCUUCUUGAGCAUCAGGCAGACAUCAAUGUGAGGACACAAGAGGGACAAACAGCACUACAAUUAGCCAUCAGUAACCAGCUCCCCCUGGUGGUGGAUGCUCUCUGCACACGAGGAGCUGAUAUGUCUGUUGUUGAUGACAAAGGAGACCCACCUCUGUGGCUAGCCUUGGUCAAUGGUUUGGAGGAUAUUGCUUCCACCCUGGUCCGUCAUGGGUGUGAUGCCACCUGUUGGAGCCCGGGCCCUUCUGGUUGCCAGCAGACACUUUUGCACAGAGCCGUUGACGAGAACAAUGAGGUCAUUGCUUGCUUUCUCAUCCGCAGUGGGUGUGACGUGAACAGUUCCAGGAGACCAGGACCAAAUGGAGAAGGAGAUGAAGAAGCCAGAGAUGGACAAACGCCUCUACACCUAGCAAGCAGCUGGGGCCUGGAGGAGGUAGUGCAGUGCCUUCUAGAGUUUGGAGCAAAUGUUAACGCACAGGAUGCAGAGGGCAGAGCUCCCAUUCAUGCUGCCAUUAGCAGCCAACACAAUGUGAUUAUACAGUUACUUAUUUCCCAUCCUGAGAUCCGCCUCACCAUUCGUGACCGUCAAGGAAUGACCCCUUUUGCUUGUGCCAUGACGUACAAAAACAAUAAGGCUGCAGAAGCUAUUCUUAAGCGGGAGCCUGGUGCUGCUGAGCAGGUGGAUAACAAAGGGCGCAACUUUCUUCACGUAGCUGUGCAGAAUUCAGACAUUGAAAGUGUCUUGUUCCUCAUAAGUGUCCAAGCAAAUGUCAACUCCAGGGUUCAGGAUUCAGCCAAGCUCACCCCUCUCCAUUUAGCCGUCCAAGCUGGAUCUGAGAUUAUUGUGCGCAACUUGUUACUUGCUGGUGCUAAAAUCAAUGAGAUGACAAAGCACAGACAGACUGCUCUCCAUUUAGCUGCCCAACAGGACCUUGCCACCAUUUGUUCUGUUUUGUUGGAAAAUGGAAUUGACUUUGCUGCAGAAGAUGAAAACGGCAACAAUGCUCUGCACUUGGCUGUGAUGCAGGGCCGCCUUAACAAUGUCAGAGUACUUCUCACAGAGUCCACUAUUGAUGCAGAGGCCUUCAAUCUCAGGGGUCAGUCACCAAUGCACGUACUGGGCCAUUAUGGAAAGGAGAAUGCUGCCGCCAUUUUUGAAUUGUUCCUGGAGUGUAUGCCCGAGUAUCCUCUUGACAAACCAGACAAUGAAGGGAACACAGUUCUUCUUUUGGCAUACAUGAAGGGAAAUGCUAAUUUAUGCCGUGCCAUCGUAAGAGCAGGAGCUAGACUUGGUGUCAAUAAUAAUCAGGGCAUUAACAUUUUUAAUUACCAAGUUGCAACCAAACAGCUGCUCUUUCGCCUUUUAGACAUGCUUUCCAAAGAGCCCCCAUGGUGUGAUGGAUCAAACUGUUAUGAAUGUGGUGCCAAAUUUGGUGUUACAACACGGAAACAUCACUGCCGUCACUGUGGGCGUCUGUUGUGCCACAAGUGCUCUAUAAAAGAGAUCCCAAUAAUUAAGUUUGAUCUGAACAAGCCUGUGAGGGUGUGUGACAUCUGCUUUGAUGUACUGACUUUGGGAGGGGUAUCAUAAGUCCAGUGUUUCUAUAUUUUUCAAAGGCCUAUUAUUGGACAGUUAUUCAGGAGUACAACGAGGACUUCAUUAGUGACAGUAACAAAUGGCAGUUUUGGAUCAUUACCGAUAUACUAUUACAGUAUAGAAUAUAUAGAAAAAAUAUUAUGUAGACUUUUCAACUAUGGAAUAUUUUUUAGAUCAAAAUAUACAAUUGACAAGUGACUUCCCACACUGAUGACCACUUUCUGUAGCAGACAUCUGUUGUAACUUCAGUUAUGAUUUAAAGAUAUCAUCGUUAACGUUAAGGAAGUUGUAAGUUGCACAUUGCAAAAACCCAAGAGACUGUUGUUAAGAAAUGGAACUUGACUCGCAUGCAAUGCGUUCCCUUUAACACUAUUUGCAACUGUUGCUAACUUUUAAACGUAAUAGAUUGGGUUUAAUGAAACUAGAAAAAGGGUCUUUUAUACAGGAAAGAGUAUGCUCUUGGUCCUCAGCCCACACAACAAAAUAUCAACAUGAUUUUAAUUCUUUGUUCCAGUAAAUUAAGUGGCAUGUUUGAAAACUCAAAAAAUACAUUCCAUUUUGACCUACACAUAUGAUGGUAGUUCCACAGGGUUGCCUCCAAUGAUUUGGGUCAAUGCUUCUUAAUUUCUAAGCCUAACAGGUGCACUUUAUAAAAAUGACAUGACAUUUCAGAUCAGCGGGGGAAUGUGGAGAGACAUAAUGGCCGUGUAGUGGCGCUCAAUUAAGUAUUGUUAAAUUGUACAGAUAAAUGUGUGAUAUUUUUGACCACUACAACAGUUUUGUACUUAAUGCAGUUUGUGCUUGUCAUUGUGACAAACCUAAAUCUUGCCGCUGUUAACCUUUUAUGCACAUUGUUUAAUCUUUUAUGCACAUUGUAUUGUAUCUGUAUGCUCAAAUAUCUAGCCUGUUCCUUCUGAUGUAUCCUUUUAGAGAAAGGAGGGACAACUUUACAUAAAGGCAAUCAAAAACAAAAA